CCGUCACUCCUCUUCACUACUCAACCGUUUCACUUCCUCUCUCAAACUCUUCUGUGUAAUGGCUUCCUUGCGCUUCUUCUUGAUCUUGGUCAUAGCACUGCUCUUCGCCUCUGCCAACACGCAAUCGCCUACACCGUCGCCGUCUCAUUCGCCGAAGAAGUCACCGUCUCCCUCUCAUACAGUCAAGCCGCCUGCUUCUGCACCGCCUCCGUCGGAAACGACGACUACUCCACCUGCCGCAGAACCGUCUCCAUCUCCGUCUUCAAUCUCUUCGACGCCUACAGAAGCUCCUACACCAGCUCAGAGCGGCGCUGUUUUGAACAGGUUUACAGUUGCUGGAUCUGCCGCUGUCUGCCUGUUCGCAGCCGUUUGGGUUAUGUAGAUUGCACGGUAGAGUUUAGUGUUUCUCUGUGAUGGAGAAACAAAGUGCUUCUGUAUUUGUUUAUUUUUAAUUAUUCUUUUAUUACGUAAUAAAGAUACAUUUUGCAU